AUGGAGAAUAACUGUGUGAAAGUGGUGGUAACAAGGUCAUGGUUUCAUGUGUAUGCCUACAUGGACCAACAGACAGCAGAGAAGUGUGUAAUACCUCUUAGCCGAAAGAAUAAACUUAAUGUACAAAACGAGGAGGAAGAAAUUGCUCAGUGGCAUUCAUAUGAGGGGCUGGCUGGCGGGGCGGAGCAGCAUCUGACUUUCCCAGAAUGCGAUAACCUGCUACGAAGAGCUGCAUGCCAAGAAGCCCAGGCUUUUGGCAACCAGCUGAUCCCUUCCAGUAUGCCACUGAAGAAAGCAACAGUGUUCCUCAACCCAGCAGCUUGCAAAGGCAAAGCCAGGAACCUUUUUGAAAAGAAUGCUGCUCCAAUUUUGCACUUAUCUGGCUUGGAUGUAACUGUGGUUAAGACUGAUUAUGAGGGACAAGCAAAAAAGCUGCUGGAAUUGAUGGAAAACACAGAUCUGAUCAUUAUUGCAGGAGGAGAUGGCACAGUACAAGAGGUCGUAACUGGACUUCUCCGCAGAGCAGAUGAGGCUGUCUUCAGUAAGAUUCCUAUAGGAUUCAUACCUCUUGGGAAGACCUGCACUCUGAGCCACACGCUCUACCCUGAGAGCACGAACCAAGUCCAACAUAUUACUAAUGCUACAUUGGCCAUUUUGAAAGGAGAGACAGUUCCACUUGAUGUCUUGCAGAUCAAGGGAGAAAAAGAGCAGCCUGUGUUUGCAGUGACUGGUUUAAGAUGGGGGUCUUACAGAGAUGCGGGAGUUAAAGUUAGCAAGUACUGGUACCUUGGACCUCUGAAAACCAAAGCAGCUCACUUUUUCAGUACAUUUAAGGAAUGGCCUCAGAAGCAUCAAGCUGAUCUCAUGUAUCUGGGUCCAACUGAGACACCUCCAGAAGAGCCAGAGGAGAAGCCAUCCAGGCCUCCUCUGUAUGUGAGGCUUUACAGACGACUUCGGUUAUACUGGUCAUCUCCUCCAAAAGGUGAG